AUGGCGGCUCAAAGUUCACAAUUUCAAGAGGAGACUAGAAGUAAUCUGAGAAACACUGGUGCUUCAAUAAAAAAUCUAGAAGUGCAAAUGAGUCAGAUUGCUCAACAACUCGCGGGUUCCCAAACACCAGGUGCAUUACCGAGUGCUACAGUUACAAAUCCACGAGAGCAUAAUAAUGUGAGUGUUGUAACCACAAGAAGUGGUAAAUCGAAAGAAGUCUCCGAGAAAGAUGAUGACCAAGAAGACCAAUUGCUUGAAGUUGAGUUGGAAAUAAAAGAAAAUGAGGUUGUGAGUGAAGAAGUGGUAGUGCCUAAACUGAUGGUUAAAGAAAAAGUUAGUGAAUCAAAGCCGGUUGUCAAACUCCCUUUCCCCACAAGAAAUAAGAAGAAAGAGCAACAUGAGAAGAACUUCGAGAAAUUCUUGGAGAUGUUCAAAAAGCUUGAGAUUAACAUUCCAUUCUUGGAGGCACUCGAACAAAUGCCCUCUUAUGCCAAAUUUAUGAAGGAUAUUAUUUCAAAAAAGAGGAGCACCGACACUGACCCUAUUGUACUAACCGAAACUUGUAGUGCAAUUUUGCAGGGUAUGAAGAUUCCGGUGAAGAAGAAAGAUCGAGGCUCGAUAACUAUUCCUUGCACCAUUGGGGAUAGAUCUUUCAAAAAGGCCCCCAUGGACUUGGGGGCUAGUGUGAGUCUCAUGCCGUUAUCCAUUUACAAGAGGUUGAGGAUUGGAAAAGUGCAAGAUACCAGAAUGACACUUCAAUUUGCUGACCACUCUAUGAAGAGACCGUAUGGAGUGGCGGAAGAUGUUCUUGUGAAGAUUGAUAAGUUUGUAUUUCCGGUGGACUUUGUCAUCUUAGAAAUGUCGGAAGAUGAAGAGAUACCACUCAUCCUUGGUAGACCAUUUUUGGAGACCGGAAGAUGUUUGAUAGAUAUAGAAGAGGGAACCAUGACUCUAAAAGUUUACGAUGAAGAGUUGAAAAUUGGUGUGCGUAACACCAUGAGAUACAAAGAUGACGUGGCGACCAGUCAACACAUAGAGGUGAUUGAUCAAAUGGUUCUGCAAGAAAAUCCUUUAGGUGAACCACAAUUGCCCUUGGAGAGAGUUCUAAGUCUAUCAAUUUCUGAAGACACUCAAGAAGCUGAUGAAAAGGAGAGGGAAGUGUUAACUAUGAUGGCAACACAACCACCCUUUAAGGGAUCCCGAUCACUCCGAUGGGAAAACUUAAGGGAACCCCAGUUUGAGGAAAAGAAAGAUGAGACCAAGAAAGUGGUUGAGCUGAAACAAUUGCCUGAAAAUCUCAAGUAUGUUUUUCUAGAUUCUGAAAGGAGAUGCCCGACUAUUAUAAGCUCUAAUAUAGAAGUUUCCCAAGAAGACAAGCUCGUCAAGGUUCUAAAGAAGCACAAAAGUGCAAUGGGAUGGGCGGUAGAAGACUUGAAGGGGAUUAGCCCUGCGGUAUGUAUGCAUAAAAUUCUCAUGGAGGAUGGUCAAAAACCAGUGGUGCAACCCCAAAGACUAAAUCCCGCAAUGAAGGAAGUAGUUAGGAAAGAGGUUGUUAAACUAUUAGAUGUUGGGUUAAUUUAUCCCAUAUUCGAUAGCUCUUGGAUGAGUCAUGUUCAUGUGGUUCCAAAGAAAGGAGGAACUACCGUGAUAAAGAAUGAAAAAAAUGAGUUGCUCCCUACAAGGACGGCCACGGGGUGGCGUGUUUGCAUCGAUUACAGAAGGUUGAAUUUGGCGACAAGAAAGGAUCACUUCCCUUUAUCAUUCAUUGAUCAGAUGUUGGAAAGGUUGGCUGGUGAUGAGUACUAUUGUUUCCUUGAUGGAUACUCUGGAUAUAAUCAGAUAGGGGUUGCACCAGAAGAUUAA